UUCCCUGAUCCACCUCUACGCAGACGACACCAUUCUAUAUACUUUCGGCCCGUCAUUGGACACUGUGCUAUCAAACCUCCAAACGAGCUUCAAUGCCAUACAGCACUCCUUCCGUGGCCUCCAACUGCUCUUAAACGCGAGUAAAACCAAAUGCAUGCUUUUCAACCGAUCGCUGCCUGCACCCGCAUGCCCGACUAGCAUCACCACCCUGGAUGGUUCCGACCUUGAAUAUGUGGACAUCUAUAAGUACCUAAGUGUCUGGCUAGACUGCAAACUCUCCUUCCAGACUGACAUCAAACAUCUCCAAUCAAAACUCAAAUCAAGAGUCGGCUUUCUAUUCCGCAACAAAGCCUCCUUCACUCACGCUGCCAAGCUUACCCUAGUAAAACUGACUAUCCUACCGAUCCUCGACUUCGGCGAUGUCAUCUACAAAAUGGCUUCCAACACUCUACUCAGCAAACUGGAUGCAGUCUAUCACAGUGCCAUCCGUUUUGUCACUAAAGCACCUUAUACCACCCACCACUGCGACCUGUAUGCUCUAGUCGGCUGGCCCUCACUACAUAUCCGUCGCCAGACCCACUGGCUCCAGGUCAUCUACAAGUCCAUGCUAGGUAAAGCUCCGCCUUAUCUCAGUUCACUGGUCACGAUAGCAACACCCAUCCGUAGCACGCGCUCCAGCAGGUGUAUCUCACUAAUCAUCCCUAAAGCCAACACCUCAUUUGGCCGCCUUUCGUCCCAGUACUCUGCUGCCUGUGACUGGAACGAAUUGCAAAAAUCGCUGAAGUUGGAGACUUUUAUCUCCCUCACCAACUUCAAACAUCAGCUAUCCGAGCAGCUAACCAAUCGCUGCAGCUGUACAUAGUCUAUAGGUAAAUAGCUCACCCAUUUUCACCUACCUCAUUCCCAUACUGUUUUUAUACUGUUUUUAUUUAUUUACUUUCCUGCUCUUUUGCACACCAAUAUCUCUACCUGUACAUGACCAUCUGAUCAUUUAUCACUCCAGUGUUAAUCUGCAAAAUUGUAUUAUUCGCCUACCUCAUGCCUUUUGCACACAUUGUAUAUAGACUGCCCAUUUUUUCUACUGUGUUAUUGACUUGCUAAUUGUUUACUCCAUGUGUAACUCUGUGUUGUCUGUUCACACUGCUAUGCUUUAUCUUGGCCAGGUCGCAGUUGCAAAUGAGAACUUGUUCUCAACUAGCCUACCUGGUUAAAUAAAGGUGAAAUAAAAAAAUAAAAUAAAAAAUGUGGUAGGUCUCCAUGUGAUGGGGCCGCGCACAGGGGACGUGUUCCAGGGCUUUGCUGUGGCUCAGCUGGACACCCCCGUGAGACUCCACCCUGUUUGUGCCCAGGUGUUGACCAACCUGACAGUAACUCAGCGUGUCACUGAUACCAUGAUGGUCAGAGGGAACUCCUGACGUUAGCCCCCUGCUCUCAAUCGCGGUUGCCUGUCAGAACAUCCUCAUUGUUGAGUGACGGGCAGCAGGGCAGCUAUCAACCGUCCAAUGACAUCUGAGUCCGGAGCCUGGUUGACAGGUGGGCGGGGACUGACACUGCAGCUGCUGGCCCUAGACACUAGGGUCACUUCAUGUUUUUUUUUCUUCUCUUUUAAACUCUUUCUUUUGCCAUAUUAAUUAACCAAACUUUGAUAUUAACUUGCGGAGGCACCUCUGACACCUUUCAGCUGUGAACUCUGCAGCCCAUAUGAAUACUCAUGAGUCUGUGAUUGUACUGACUUUUAAACUGUCAGUGAUUGUAAUGACAGUUUAAUGGCUGCUGAGUAGCGAUAAAGCCCUGUUUGAGCAUUUAAAUACUGUAGAAACACAGUUCAUGCUUUUAUGCAGGGUUCUGUACCUAUGGACUGAAGGGAUUUAAGUGCCGUAAUGUAAUGAACAGAUCGAGAUUAAAGUAUUAUCAGAGUUAAGAAAUAUGAA